AUGUAUCUGUACGGAGUCGCCAAUGGUAUGGAUUAUCAGAUGAAUGGAGAAACCAUUGAUAACGUAACAGUUGAUGCUCACCCGAUCGAACAAGCCAUCGUAAUCAAGUAUCAAGUGGACAAUAAUCGAAACCAUCGCACCACAGAAUGUCAGAAGCUGUACGUUUUCAGUAGUCAUUUGUAUGCUAAUGAUUUUGAGGAAUGGUCAACCUCAAGAGAUCUCAAUGAAGACGUUGAUGUCAAAUUGUUGGCUGACGUUGUUAUGGAAAAAUGUGCACUUAUACCAGAAGGAAUGCGCCAAGAAGUUGAACAAAUAUUGUACUACCUACAAAACAGGAACAAACGUGCUCGGCUGAUUUUCCAGAGCUACAUCGAGCUGUUCUAUGAAGAUACAGCGGAGAAAAAUCGUGGAGCUUUGCAUAUUCUGGAACUCACUAAGACCACCGCAAAUCUGGAAGUACUCAUUGAAAAUGAAACGUUAAUUGGAGCCUUAGCUCGUGUAUUCCGCGAAGACUGGAAGAAGAAUUUCGAGUUAGCUACCACAAUAAUACGGAUUUUCGUACAGUUCUCGUACUACAACCAAUUUCAAGCAACUUUAUCUCAUCACAAGAUUGGUGCCCUGUGCAUGAAUGCUAUGGAGUACGAGAUAAAGCGCGGUGAUUUGUGGGCGGCUGAAGCGAAAAAUGCGGACGAGAAAACUGCGAAGAAAUGCCGUCUAGCUAUUCGUAAGCAACAAGCCCUUUUGGCAGGUAUGGUCUUUGGCAUUUCCACAUCGCUGAAAGUUCCACUUACAUUUUGA